AUGGAGGCUAUCCCUGGGGGGCAACAGCGCAGCAAACAUGUCGUGGACCGCAGAGUGAGAGAGCUCCAUCGCUAUUACCAGCCGGCUGGUCCGAGUGGUUUGGUCCCGUCCUGGUUACCGACAGGUGACGAGAUACCAUCAACCCAUACUCCCUCUUCAGGCACCACAACUACCCCUCCCGAUACUGAAGGAUCAGAAAAAGCAAAUAGCAGCACAACUUCUCGUCCAUCCACAGCAUUUGGUCCGGAGACGCUGGUGUUGGGCUCUUCCAACAAUACCCUGACCUCAUUUGCGCAGCUGGCUGCCUUGCGCCUGAACGUCGAGCGCGCAUUCAUCUGCGUCCUCGACCGAGACAAGCAAUAUAUUCUCGCUGAAGCCACAAGAUCUAUCAACUUGAAUGAUCCCUCUCUGCAUGACCAUAAGGAUGAACUUUGGGUUGGUUGUACGGGAAGCCACAAGGCAUGGACGUUGUGUCAGGAAACUGUUGCCUUGCCUCCCUCUGAUCGUGAAGCCGCCCACUAUGAACACCUCAUUGUGAAUGACUUGAAAGAAAGCGAACGAUUCAAGUAUCUAUCCUUUGUGGAGAACGAGCCAUUUUUUCGAUUUUAUGCCGGUACGCCGUUAACAACGGACAAUGACAUCAACUUGGGAUGUUUCUUCGUUCUCGACACCUCGCCCCGCAAGGGGCUGACAUCGCUGGAGAAGGACACAUUGGGAUCUUUGUCCAUGCUUGUGAUGGACUAUCUCAAAGUCUGUCGACAAGCCUCCGAGGGUCGACGGGCUGCUCGGAUUUCCAAGGGGCUCAGUUUCUUCGUGGAGGGCAGCUCAAGCUUCAUAGAUAGUGUGGACCCGUCACGAGCCGACAGCUGCGUCCCACACUCUGCAACACCACCCUUGAGCAAUAAUCGCAUCAGCGUGUCAACGGGUUCUCGUGGUAGUCACAGCCACAGUACUGGUCACUUUUCGCAAGAAGCUUCUCACAGCCCACCGAAUGAUCGGUCCCUCAGCAACGACGGGCGAUCUGUGGGCUCUGGCGCUUCUGCUACCUCCGAGUCUAAACUCGACACCAGCACAUCGGGUGGGAUGAGCUCUUUGCCUGAGUGGAUCACCAGCAGCAACCGUGACCGACUCCCCCGGAUGACUCUCAUGGGAAUUCGUGGUGCUUUCGCCGAGCUGCAAACUUACUCCGUGAAAGUCUUGAUCUCAGUAGCGAUGGGGGCUGGAAGUGAUUUAUCAGGGAGUGAUACAGGUGGACCCGCUACAGUCCUCUCGAUGUCGACUGUGGACGAGCCGUUUUCCCCGCGAGCAGGAUCAAUGGCUAGCUGCCCGGCUGCCAAUUUGGAUCGAUCCUUCCUACGCUUAAUGCUGCGGCGUUACCCACGGGGCAAGCUUUGGUCAUUUCACCAAGAUGGACUUAUUUCGACAUCGGAUGACGAUGACCGAGAGCCUCAGGCCAACGGCUCACCUGCCGCAAAUACCAAUCGGUCUUUUCCUGGUGCUCCGCCGAUAGAUCUUGUGAAGCCUAUAGGGAAGCGGAUGAAGGCAGCAGAGAAUUCUGUGCUGAAUCAAUUUUUCCCUGGUGCCACUCAGAUAAUUUUUGUGCCUUUGUGGAAUGCUGUCUUUAGCUCGUCUGUUGAAUUGAGCUCUGUCCUCGGAUUUGGAUCUUCCGUCAUGGCUGAAUACAGCCGAGUGGAAUCACUCAUUGCUGAUAGACAGAAAGGUGAUUUCAUUGGAAGUAUCUCACAUGAACUUCGAAGCCCAUUGCACGGAAUUCUAGCCGCAGCCGAGUUCCUGAAUGGCACGAAUCUCAAUGAAUUUCAAGAUUCGUUGCUUGAAACAAUCAACGCCUGCGGCAGGACUCUUCUCGAUACUAUGAAUCAGAAGGGAAACUCCCUUGAUUUCAAAGGCACGGAUAAGCUGGCGUCUCACCUGGACUCAUACGUUGUGACAGAUUUAGCUAUUCUGGCUGAGGAAGUCGUGGAGGGCAUUUGUCUGGGUCAUGCUUACGGUCAAAACUCGACCGCGGCUGCCGAUUUACCGGUUCUCUUGCCGCAGCGAUCGUCGAAGCCACACAGCCGGUCAAAUGUAGAUGUGGUCAUCGAUAUCGCCCACCGUGACUGGGUUUACCGCACACAGCCAGGUGCUUUACGCCGGAUUAUCAUGAAUCUUUUCGGAAACGCGAUGAAAUAUACCGAUUCAGGUAGCGUUACCCUAAGGCUCGACGCGUCAUGUCACUCUGAUGGUCGUUCUCGACGUCAGGGAUUAGAGGACAUGGUAGUUUUAACAGUGACGGAUACCGGUCGAGGCAUUUCAGAAGAAUUCCUUCGCGGACGGCUAUAUACCCCGUUUGCCCAAGAAGAUUCUCUUGCAGUUGGAACUGGCUUGGGUUUGUCGAUCGUCCGUAGCCUAGUCAAGGCCUUGAACGGAAAUAUUCGCAUUCGCAGUCGUCCUGGAGAAGGCACCAUCGUGCGUGUUGCGCUCCCCCUCGCAAGACCGGUGGGCGAGGAGAGUCCUCCUGUCGAGCCCCAUACCCAUGAAACGCAGCAGAGCGAAACUCUGACGCAAACUCUCCUAUUGAGAGAGGGAUAUCCUGGCAAGCGAGCUGCCAUCUGGGGCGCCGAUCCUGCGACUAUUGCUGAAAAUUCUACAUGGGCAGAGAUAGCAAAAUAUAUGACAGAAUGGUUUGGUAUUGAGAUUUUUGGGUGGCCUUGCCUCUUACCUCUCGACAUUCUUCUAGUUCAUGAAUCUGAUCUUCCAGAAUUGCGCAACACCGGCUUCUCGGCAACUUUGCCUUCCCUUCUCAUUCUCUGCCACAAAUCAGUCGACUAUAGCAUGGCACGAUCUGAGUGGCUACCUCUUGCAUCGUCAGUUGACAUAAUCCGGCGACCAUGUGGGCCCCAUAAGUUGGCCCGCAGUAUUUUGAAGUGCCUACAAAAUUCCCAGUCGACAGUUGUCACUCCUUCAUUGGUUUUGAAAGACCCGAUGGACAUGCCCAUUCGAAGCGCUGGCCAUUCCUCGACUGCCACUUCUCCGAUCCAUGAUUCACACGUCGCCUCUCCUGUUAUUCCAGAUGUCGCAUCGGAGCAACUCGUCAGCACUGAUCCACUUGCCCGCACGGAACUUGCCCCAAACGCACCAUCGGUCAUCACCGCAUCGCCUGACGCGAUUCUUACCGCCCCCUUACCAGCACCAUUGACCGAAGGCAGCAUUGAUGCAUCCAGACAUGCACGAGUCCUCGUUGUUGAUGAUAAUCGAAUUAAUCUCAAUCUCAUGAUGACAUUCAUGAAGAAACGCAGCCUGACCCAUUUUGCUGCCGCAGAGAAUGGCAAGCUAGCUGUUGAGGCAGUGGAACAGGCACCAUGUCACUUUGAUAUCAUUUUCAUGGACAUGUCUAUGCCUGUUAUGAACGGAUUUGAAGCUACUCGCGCAAUUCGAUCACUAGAGAGAGAGCGAGAUAGCAUCGGAUCGACAAUCAUUAUCGCCUUGACCGGGUUGAGCAGCUCGCGUGAUGAAUCGGAGGCCCUCGCAUCCGGUGUAGAUCUAUUCCUGACCAAGCCCGUGUCUUUCCGAGAAGUUUCACGUCUUCUUGAUGAGUGGGAAAAGGAUGGACUGAAAGAUGAACGGAAGCCAAACUUAUGA